GGCUGUGCUGUGCCUCAGGGCUAUGAUACGCUGAGGUUCCCCGACCCAGGACACUCAGAGAUGAAGCGGGCAGGGAGAGACAGGGGCAUCCCAGCAGGCCAAACAUAGGCCCCAGUAGGCUCAUUGGUCUCCCUGGGGGCAAGGAUCAGAGACCUGCUCGAGCAGGUGCAAGUUAGGGUGGGGGCAGCAGGGGCGAGGGAGGCAGGGACGGGCACAAGGGCCCUACUGCAACCAUAAUGUUGACACCAAGAACUACAACUGCUCUGACCUCAGGACCUUUUCUUUCCUGCCCUGCCUGAUAUUUUGGUCCCAGCUUCCUUCAGAUCAGUCUGAUCCCUAAGUAUGACCAGGAGGGUUCUUACAGAACCAGGCUGUCUCAGGACACCUAAAAAACCUCAGGAACCAGAUGUUCUUGAAUUAGCUGCUUUCCCUUUGUCCAUUCAGCUGUGGGUGGCAGGUCACGGUGUAUAAAGUGUGGCGUUCAGUGGGCGGGUGUCCUGAGGUUUACAUGGCCUCAGCUGGCAGUCAGAGAUGACUUCCUGGAGGAGGCAGGGCUCCAGGAUCAGGCUGGAGCUUGGGUGAAGGUGGGAGAAGGGAACCAAGAGCUGAGGAGGAGGCUGGUGAGAAGUGGGCUCCGAAAGGGUCCAGAGGUGGGAGUAGCUAGCAUGGGUCCGGCGGCAGCAGGGACACUGGAGGCAAUGGCAUCUCACCAGCUCUGUCCCCUAGGCCUACAGGAUGAUGAGGACCUACAGGUACUGCUGAAGGGCAGCCAGCUCCUGAAGGUGAAGUCCAACUCAUGGCGGAGGGAGCGUUUCUACAAGUUGCAGGAAGACUGCAAGACCAUCUGGCAGGAGUCCCGCAAGGUCAUGCGGACCCCAGAGUCCCAGCUGUUCUCCAUUGAGGACAUUCAGGAGGUGCGGACGGGGCACCGCACGCAGGGCCUGGAGAAGUGUGCCCGCGACGUGCCCGAGGACCGCUGCUUCUCCAUCGUCUUCAAGGACCAGCGCAAUACACUAGACCUCAUCGCCCCAUCGCCCGCUGACGCCCGGCACUGGGUGCAGGGUCUGCGCAAGAUCAUCCACCACUCGGGCUCCAUGGACCAGCGGCAGAAGCUGCAGCACUGGAUUCACUCUUGCUUGCGAAAAGCUGACAAAAACAAGGACAACAAGAUGAGCUUCAAGGAGCUGCAGAACUUCCUGAAGGAGCUCAACAUCCAGGUGGAUGACAGCUAUGCCCGGAAGAUCUUCAGGGUGAGGCAGGGAGUGAGGGCUGCUUCUGUGUGGCAGUGGGCCCUCGACCCUAGUGGGGAGCAUGCGCUGAGCCCCGCCCACGUGGCCUUGCAGGAAUGUGACCGCUCCCAGACAGACUCGCUGGAGGAUGAGGAGAUCGAGGCCUUCUACAAGAUGCUGACCCAGCGGGAGGAGAUUGACCGCACCUUUGCGGAGGCCGCAGGCUCCAGGGAGACGCUGUCGGUGGAUCAGUUAGUGACGUUCCUGCAGCACCAGCAGCGGGAGGAGGCGGCGGGGCCUGCGCUGGCCCUCUCUCUCAUUGAGCGCUAUGAACCCAGCGAGGCGGCCAAGGCGCAGCGGCAGAUGACCAAGGACGGCUUCCUCAUGUACCUGCUGUCCGCCGACGGCAGCGCCUUCAGCCUGGCGCAUCGGCGGGUCUACCAGGACAUGGGCCAGCCGCUCAGCCACUACCUGAUGUCCUCCUCGCACAACACCUACCUGCUGGAAGACCAGCUCACCGGGCCCAGCAGCACGGAAGCCUACAUCCGGGCGCUGUGCAAGGGCUGCCGCUGCCUGGAGCUCGACUGCUGGGACGGCCCCAACCUGGAGCCGAUCAUCUACCACGGCUACACGUUCACCUCCAAGAUCCUCCUCUGCGACGUGCUCAGGGCCAUCAGGGACUACGCCUUCAAGGCGUCCCCCUACCCCGUCAUCCUGUCCCUGGAGAACCAUUGCAGCCUGGAGCAGCAGCGUGUGAUGGCGCGACACCUGCGCACCAUCCUGGGCCCCAUGCUGUUGGACCGGCCGCUGGACGGGGCCACUACCAGCCUGCCUUCCCCUGAGCAACUGAAGGGGAAGAUCUUGCUGAAGGGCAAGAAGCUUGGGGGGCUCCUGCCCCCUGGCGGGGAGGGUGGCCCUGAAGCCACUGUCGUGUCUGAUGAGGAUGAGGCUGCUGAGAUGGAGGACGAGGCAGUGAGGAGCCGAGUGCAGCACAAGCCCAGGGAGGACAAGCUCAGGCUAGUGAAGGAGCUCUCCGAUAUGGUCAUUUACUGCAAGAGUGUCCACUUUGGGGGCUUCUCCGGCCCCGGCACCCCAGGGCAGGCUUUCUAUGAGAUGGUGUCCUUCUCUGAGAACCGCGCCCUCCGACUGCUCCAAGAGUCAGGAAACAGCUUUGUUCGCCACAAUGUGACUCACCUGAGCAGGAUCUACCCUGCUGGGUGGAGAACGGACUCCUCCAACUACAGCCCCGUGGAGAUGUGGAACGGGGGCUGCCAGAUCGUGGCCCUCAAUUUCCAGACACCUGGCCCAGAGAUGGAUGUGUACCAGGGCCGCUUCCAGGACAAUGGGGCCUGCGGGUACGUGCUGAAGCCUGCCUUCCUGCGAGACCCGAACUCGACCUUUAACUCACGUGCUCUGGCUCAGGGGCCCUGGUGGACCCGGAAGCGGCUCAGUGUCAGGGUCAUCUCCGGGCAGCAGCUGCCAAAAGUCAACAAGAAUAAGAAUUCAAUCGUGGACCCCAAGGUGACGGUGGAGAUCCACGGCGUGGGCCGGGACACGGCGAGCCGCCAGACGGCUGUGGUCACCAAUAACGGUUUCAACCCGUGGUGGGACACAGAGUUUGAGUUCGAGGUGGUUGUGCCUGAGCUCGCCCUCGUGCGCUUCUUGGUGGAGGAUUAUGACGCCUCCUCUAAGAACGACUUCAUUGGCCAGAGCACCAUCCCCUUGGGCAGCCUCAAGCAGGGAUACCGCCACGUCCACCUCUUGUCAAAGAACGGAGACCAGCACCCUUCUGCCACCCUCUUUGUGAAGGUGUCUCUCCAGGACUAGGUUUGGGGAUUCUGGAGGCGGCUGCCCCAAGCCGGCCGGGCCCUCUGUCCACAGGCAGGGACAGGGCUGGUGUGGCCGCUCCCAGCCUCUCGCUUGGAGCUAGAAGCCCCGUACUGCCUUCAGCUCUAACAUACUGUCAAAGCUGCUGCCUCUCUGGGCUUCCAGGAGCUGGCCCGGUCCCUGGAGCUCUCUUCGAUUCCGUUAGGAAAAACACUGCAGCCCUCCGCCCUCUGGCCAGCCCCAGACUGAGGGUUUUUAUAAAAAUUAUAAGACUGA